AUGAAUGAAGAAUCUCAGGUGCAUGAAAAGAAAGCUGAGAAGCAGCCCAGUGGAUUUCUAUUGCCAAAUAAGGAUGUGGAAUAUGUGAAUUCUGAAUAUGGGAAGAACGCUGUGAGACUGCUGUACAUUAGACGAGAGGGCACGACUCACUGCAUCAAAGAACUGGAAGUCUCUGUGCAUAUAAGGCUGAACACCGUCAAUGAAUUCUUGAAUUCUGACAACAGUCAAGUGAUCCCCACAGACACCAUAAAGAAUACAAUCCAAGCUUUGGCCAAAUGCCGAGGGAUCAGAACAAUAGAGGAGUUUGGCCUUGACAUCUGUGAACACUUCCUUACAUCGUUUUGCCAUGUGAUAUACUGCAAUGCCUUCAUCCAAGAAGUACCAUGGCAACGCCUAGAAAAGGAUGGUGUCCCCCACGUCCAUGCUUUUCUCUAUAGCUCAGAAGGGGUUCGGUUUUGUGAAGUGGAACGGACUCUGGAAGGUAGUCCGAUUGUUUUUUCUGGCAUUAAGGAUCUGAAGCUUAUGAAAACAACCCAGUCUGGAUUUCAAGGCUUCUUCAAGGAUAAAUACACCACACUUCCAGAAAGAAGAGAUCGAGUGCUGUCAAUAGAAACACUCAUCAAGUGGUGUUAUGGAGAAGGCGCAGACUGUCUUGACUACGACUGCAUAUGGAGAACUGCCCACGAGUGUGCCCUCGAUGCCUUUGCCGGGCCGCCUGAAACAGGCCACUACUCGCCAUCUUACCAGAAGACGGUCAACUGCAUCCAGACCUACAUCUUGGAUAGACUCCCCCAGAUUGAGGAAGUGGAAGUGAUCAUGUCCAACAUCCACUAUUCUGUGGCGGAUCUAGAAAAAUUGGGACUGUGCAACGACAAGGAGAUCUUGACACCUCAGGAUACACCCUUUGGAGCUUGUGCAUCUACGCUGCGCAGGAAGAAGGACUGCCCAGGGACAUACCAGCAACGCCCCGUCGCAUGUAAACCUCGUUACUCCGUUGGAUUUAAGUCCUGCAUUGGGAUGAACUAAGCAGCCGGCGGCUUCCUAGAUCAUCACAUUCGGCAAAAUUGAUCUCCUAUCAGCUUGCUUAAUUUACUCCACACUUUCCAUAGCUUUGUGUGUGUACACGCGAUCGACAUUUUCAAGGUGGCCUAAAGGAAAUUGAAUGCUGACACCACCAUGAUUUUCUUUUUUGCUUCUUUUGAAAAUCAAAUCAAAUCAAAACAAAAAUUUUCAAAGCAGCCCCCUAGAGUUCAAGGAAUUUUCAGGCCUCCCAUAUGAAUUAGACAAUCUGGGCUUAUUUCACAGGUGGAAAGGCUGCCGGUAGAUACUUCAAAGCAGUAACUAUUAAGAUAUUCUUUUUUUCUUUAUAUUAACAAGACAAGUGCAAGCUUACAUACCAGACCCCUUGACUUCCAAUGGUGCCACAUGACACUAAGUGGCACUAACAGAAGAUUUGGACCUCUUUCCCCCAACUUAGCAAAGUUUGCAUUUGCCAUAUAAAUUUAGCCCAUAAACGCGGCAAAUAAAGCAAAAACACUGCAUCCGACAUAUAUCGCUUUGUUUGGCCAUAGAAGUAUCAAUGUCAGCGUUGACUAAUUGAUGCAGUCAUGUAACAUGUUGUGUCCCCUACUGCUGUAUUUUGCUCCUCUGAUACACAAAGCCUGGGACAUGUGUGAGUAGGAAAAUAACUAUAUCUAUUUAUAUAAUCCUAAGACAUGCUUGAGCUACCUUUAUAGAGUUAUGUAGAUCUUUAAUAAUCCUCAGUCUUCGGGUUUCUUCUCCUAAUAGUGCUUUGAUUUCUGAGCAAGCAGAUUGCAUGCAUGGGGAAAGGAGUGGUCAAAGAACGCUUACCCUGAUCAGCGGCAGACUUUGGCAAUGUGGUACCCAAAGAGAGGACCAAAUUUGCUCCCCCCCCCCAUAUUUAUUAUUUCACAAUAAUUCCUUCUGGUUCAGUUUACCCAUGUAUUUGCCCUUAUAAGAAUUGGUUUUAAAACAUUUAUUAUUAUUAUUAUUAUUAUUAUUAUUAUUAUUAUUAUUAUUAUUAUUUUGUGCCCUCUUGGCUUGGCACCCUGUUGGGGGGGAUGGGACCGGAUGCACCAGCCUAAAUCUAGCGCUGCCUUGAUGUUACUACCUCAGCAGCCAUUGUUGUGGUCCUUCAAGGAGGCAAGUUUCUCCUGAUUUUGCUACGAGUCAAGCUUUAUGAAAAACUUGAUGGUUGCUUUGCAGCCCUGGACAUUUCCGAUGUGCGGGGAAAUUUGACAUAGUGGUGGAAAAAGUUUGAAAACAGCCUUGGCUCCCACCCGCAAAAAAGUAUAGUGGGACUCUACGCUUGUCCUGCCUUGGGAAUACUAUACCUAGAGAUGGAUUUCUUCACAUCACCUGGUGUUACUUACCUUUAUGUUAGCCAAAAGUUGACUAAGUAAUUUGGACUUCAGCAUUUUUUUAUUCUUUGUCCCAUCCUGUCUUCCAUGCAGAAAGCUGCUUGCUAACA